AUGGAACCAUCACUACAAGACUAUUCAACAUCGCCCUCGCUGUCAACGCUGCAGCCACAACAAAUUCCUUUGAUAUCAUACAUUGAUGGAAAGUUUCAAGUGGAUAAAAAAGCAAUCUCUGUGAUUUCGAAAAUUAAAGAACCGGUUGCUGUACUUUCGAUAGCUGGAGUUUAUCGAUCGGGGAAAAGCUUUUUACUUAAUCAAAUUUUAGAUAGGAAUGAUGGCUUUACUACCAGUCCCUCACAUUUACCCUGCACAAAAGGAUUAUGGGUCUGGAGCGUUCCGAUGAAAGUAAGCAAUGACAACCAUCCAGAUUUUAGAUUAUUAAUUGUUGAUUCGGAGGGAAUUGGAUCCUUCAGUGCAAAUGAGACCUAUGAUACACAAGUGUUCUCUCUUGCUUUACUAAUGAGUUCAAUGUUUAUUUAUAAUAGUCAAGGAAGCAUUGAUGACAACGCAAUAACCAGAUUAGGGUUGGUAACUGAACUUUCAAAAUAUGUUAAAUCAAAACUUGGAGGAUUGGAUAAUCAAGCAAUAUUCCCAUCUUUUUUAUGGGUUGUGAGAGACUUUUCGUUGGAUUUACAAAUUACACCAAAGAAUUAUCUUGAAUUUGCCUUAUCCAGUGAGGAAAGAUACACCGAAACUGAAAGGAAUAAGCAACAAAUUAAGGCCUCUCUGAAACAAUAUUUCCGAGAUAGAGAUUGUUUCACUCUGGUAAGACCUAUUCACGAUGAAAAGAAAUUACAAAAUGCCUCAAAAUUGGAAUCCUAUGAAAUAAGACCAGAGUUUAGGAAUCAAAUAGAAAAACUCAAACAAAAAAUAUUAGACACAGUUGCUCCUAAAGAACUGGGAGGAAGAAUGUUGAAUGGUAGGAUAAUCUAUCAAAAUUUACAAAACAAAAAUGCAAAAGCUGUUAAGACAGAACGUGGAUCAAACAGAGUUGGAAAACAUUCACUUCGAAUCAGAAUCAGAAGCAGUUUCUUAUUUCUUGGAAAAUUCAAAGCUUGUGGUAAGAGAUGUUCAAUUCCAUGUUGGACAAUUACAUGA